CUUCCGAGUCGAGGCAGAUCCGGUUUACAGAAGGAAAUCAAGGGCGCGAAUGCGAGUGCUUGAAAAGACGUUAGACUCAAAUAAUUAAAGUUGCCAUGAAAUGUAUCUGCGUUGGUCUUAUUUUUGCCCUGGUUUCUCAGUUGGCUGAUGCUACAUUGUCAAAGACAGAUUUGAAAAAAGUUUCCUCAAAAACUCUGGAGGAAAAGACACGUCAUUCAAAUCAAACAGUACAGGAGCGUGGUUUAGUAGUUAUUGAUCCAACGGCAAAGGAUAUUGUCCUUGAACACAAAAGCUAUUGUGCUACAAAAGGACGUGAACACUCCUUCAAGGGAGAAACUUUGGGCUACAUUACACCUUGGAAUAGCCAUGGCUAUGAUAUUGCUAAAACUUUUGGAAACAAAUUUACAACAAUUUCACCAGUCUGGCUGCAGGUGAAGAGAAGAGGAAAAGAGAAGUUCCAGGUGACAGGGCUCCAUGAUGUUGACCAAGGUUGGAUGAAAGAAGUUAAGAGAAACGCCAAGAACAUCAAAAUAGUCCCACGGAUUUUAUUUGAAGAUUGGUCUUAUCACGAUUUUGAAACCGUAUUUGGCAGUGAGGAUGAGAUAGAAGAACUUUCUAAUAUUAUGAUUCAAAUAGCCAAGAGUGAAAACUUUGAUGGUUUUGCAAUUGAAGUAUGGAAUCAGCUAGGAAAUCAAAAACAAACGGAUCUGAUUCACUUGCUCACUCACUUCUCUGAAGCUUUCCAUGAGGCACAACUAAAACUAAUGCUUGUCAUUCCUCCUGGUGUUAUGCCAGGAACCAGUGAGUUGGGAAUGUUUACCAAGAAAGAAUUUGAUCGGCUGGCCCCAGUGGUGGACAGUUUCAGCCUCAUGACAUACGAUUAUUCAUCACAAUUGGGGUCUGGCCCCAAUGCCCCAUUGCCUUGGGUGCAAGCUUGUAUUCAGAUGCUGGAUCCAGAAUCCAAAUGGAGAAAAAAAAUCCUUUUGGGGCUGAAUUUUUAUGGCAUGGAUUAUUCAAGUAAUGUAAGAGACCCCAUAGUUGGCAACAGUAUAAUUUCUCAUCUUUUGCCCUGGAAAUGGCUAUGAAAUUGGAACAUGAGGAACAAGGGAAGAUUGAAUGGCAGGGAAGGUUUGAUUUCUUUCCCACAGUAUAUACAAAAAAUUAUAUUUUAGUAUGUGAUUUUUUUUCUAUUCAUAUAUAUAUAGAGAGAGGGCUGUUCAAUACAGCUUCUGUUUCUAACAUGUCUUUGCAUGUCUGAUUUCUUUGCUGUUUGCACAAGUACAAGCUAUUGAAUAGUAGUGUUGCAAUUAUGUAUUCCAUGAUUUCUAUUGUCCCCAUACCUUAAGUAGAUGUAUUGUAAAAGCAUAUUAAUAUUAUUAAUAGUAUUAAUUUCUGAAAAAGCUGUCACUUUUGUGCAAGGGUAUACACUGUCAUAAUGAUAAUUAAUAAAUAGCAAAGUAAAAAUAACAUAGAUUUUCCACAGUAGGUGUUAUGAUUCUGUAACCUUGGUCUAGAAUAUUCUUUUCUUUUAACUUAUAUUUGUUAGUUAACUAGAGGUAAUGAAUUUCAGGGCUGAAGCCAAGAAAACCUAGAUUCAGCACAAUCAGUUGUUUGUAAUGGAGCCAGACACUGAAUCCAGCAGAUGUAUAUUUUUUUAAAGAAAAUAUGCAAAUAGUAUUGCAUUUUGAUAAUUAAAAUGUCAUCACAGUUUUCAUGUUUCACUCCUUAAUUAAGAGCAAUAAAGACCAUGCUAAAUUGGAAUGAAUCUGUAAUUUUCAGCACUUAAUCACACAAGUGCCAGUGUCAGCAUUAUAAUAAGAUGCACAAAUCUGAAGAUGUGACUAUUGGGGAAAUAAAAAUAAAGUUUGGCAACACAUUACCCGACAAAGUCUAUUCCAGGGGUAUUAAUUGUAUUUCAAAGUAAAACAUUUCCACUGAUUAUAGUUUGAUCUAUGGCGAUCUUAUCAUUAGGUGAUAAAGUCAUU